GAACGUGAAGACGCUGAGCUAUGUGUGUGUAUGUGUGUGUGUGUCUGUUUGACGCUGCGUGGGGGUGUUCGCCUGAUGUCAUUUGGUAGAAAGGGAGGCUGAGCUAACGGUGGGCAUACGGGUGGAAAGCACAACAAUAACGGUGCCGUUUAACCGCCCAGUUUGGGAUCUAUCAAGUCGCUUUUGGAUUGAAAUACGCAGCGUUGAACACCGAGUCCAGCCUACUCCUCCUCCUCCUUCUCCUCAGAAGAAGAAGAAGAAGAAGAAGAAGAAGAAGAAGAAGAGGGGGUGAAGCUGGCUGGCUAACGGGCUGAAAGUACCAGAUGCUUUUCCAGCGGAGAAGAAGAACGGGCUCGAGUAAGCAAGAGAGGGUGAUGGCUUCUCGUUUUCCUGACGGAUAACGUUAGUCCUUCGCUUAAAAAAAGUGAGGGGGACUUUGCUUUGCUUCCUCUGCACCUACGUUUGUGUGACAUUGCGUCUGAAAUGUUAGCGCAGUCGUGCUCUCGGCCGUCGAGCAGUUUCUGGGCCGCAGCUCGGCACACCGAGCCCGAAUCUGGGAAGUAGCUAGCUAGCUGCCUGCUAGCCGCAGCUGUACCCGAUGCUGCUGCUGCUGCUGUUGCUGCUGCUGCUAAACGGAUCCAAAAGACAACAAAAGCGGUUCAGGGCCCCGGCGCCGAUUGAGCUAUUGUUUUACCUUACUGGACUACAGCGUGGCAUUUGAGAUGUGAUGCUCUUUGUAGCUGGAGGCUCUCGCUUGCUUGACGCGGAGGAGCUAACAUUGCUGCAAAAUGCACAGCAGAACCACAACAGCAGGCUCCUGUUGAAGGGGGCGAGGUUAGACUGAUAACAGCCCACCCUGUGGCUCACAUUUGGACACCGACCGACCACCACAUUUUCCCCCACGUCAUUCACCGCUUCCUCAGCUGGCGAUAUGGAUAAGCUGACCAUCAUUUCAGGGUGCCUGUUUCUGGCAGCAGAUAUAUUUGCAAUAGCCAGCAUUGCAAACCCAGACUGGAUCAACACCGGUGAAUCAGCAGGUGCCCUUACAGUCGGUCUAGUCCGGCAAUGUCAGACCAUCCACGGACGAGACCGGACCUGUAUUCCGCCACGGCUUCCCCCAGAGUGGGUCACCACACUUUUCUUCAUCAUCAUGGGCAUCAUCUCCCUCACAGUCACCUGUGGACUGCUUGUGGCAUCACACUGGCGCAGAGAAGCCACCAAAUACGCCCGCUGGAUCGCCUUUACUGGCAUGAUCCUGUUCUGCAUGGCGGCGCUCAUCUUCCCCAUAGGCUUCUAUAUCAACGAGGUGGGAGGCCAGCCGUACAAGCUGCCCAACAACACGGUGGUCGGCUCCUCGUACGUGCUGUUUGUCCUCUCCAUCUUCUUCACCAUAGUUGGACUGCUGUUCGCAGGCAAAGUUUGCCUUCCAGGCUGAGGACUCGACCACGCCUGCCUCUGGACUGACGCAAGAGGCUCUGAAAAAUGUAUGGGAUUUACAAAACACACAAUGACUGAAAAUCAAAAAACAACAAACUCUGGCCAGAAGCCUGAAACAGGGAAGUCUCUGAUUAUGUGUCAAGGGGACCGCAGCACCGCGGAGUACCUAACUACUAAAAGAGGAAAACGAAUAAACGAACAAAACACUAAGAGGGAGAUAUGGGCACAAAGGGGUGGAGGAGUGUGAGAGAGAGCAGCUGAGGCUGUUGCUGCACCCUGCUACUGUUCAUUUAAAAUAUGGCCGUCUCUCUGUUGUUGUUCUAUUGGAAAGGGUGCUUAAUGUGCCGCUGUCAUGGCAACCGCAGGCAUAAUGCUGGCACACAGUUCUUGAGGACCACUACAGCCACUCCUCGACUUGACUCCCGGGCGCCCGCCCCGCCACCCUCAGCACACAUCCGCGCCGUCAUGACCGCUCCUGUUGCUAUUUUUGGCUUCUCUUUGCUAUUUCAGUUGUGUGUUUUUCUGUUGCUGUACAUUUUAUGUUCUUUAGCCCCCCACCCCCACCCCUCACCCCCCACCUCCUCCCCGCCUUUCCGCUGAAGUAGUUUGAGUGUAAAUGAGGUUCACUGAACUGAACCCUUGAGGGGGAAGGGGGGUUUCUGCCAACUUGGCUGUAGAGCAGGGUUUAUUCUCGCCUGUCACGUCACAAGGCCCCAGGUGUGUGGUUUGGGGAGAGCAGCUGUGAUCCCAGCUGUCUGGACUAGCACACACACACACUUCUGUGGACGAGAGGAAGGGGCAGGUGUGUGAGCUCUUUGUCUCCAACCAGCCCGUAGCCCAGGAGCAGGUAGCAAGGAGGGGUGACCUCCCUGGGCUGCGAGCGCAGACCCUGUUCUCUGAGCCCAAGCAGAACGGGAGGUCAGGCACCAUAAAGGAGAAUGCCACUCAAUGUAAGACCUUGCAUUAUGUUAUUUAUAUGCUAUACUAGAGCAGCAGAAGAAUAAGCAGUAGAGUGUAGACAGCGGUUUUGCUAAGCUAAACCCAUGACACUAAUGCACAUCCUUUGCCAAUAAACAGAAGACUGUGAAUUUAUAAUCUCCAUCUGAGCAUCAACACCUCUAGUAUUUGUAGUAAUAAUCCUAAUUCUGUAAAUUACAGCCACAAGCACUGUGGCCUUUUCAAAGGAUUGUUCAAAAGUGUCCAUCACUGUGGUGUAGGGGGUUGAGAUGAACUUGUAUAUUGCCAACUAUAGCAGACAGUAUUGACUUUUAUAAACAGAAGCUGUAGUCGUAUUAAGGUGUGAAAAUAACAUAUGUGAACGCUGAAAAUUGGUGGUAUUCUCCUUUAACGUUGGACAGGAAAUGAGCGAGCCAGGAGCAUUUUUGUCUUGUGUUUGUAUGACGGUGAAGGCACUGGGACUGCAGGUCAGGUCCAUGCAUGGGGCUGUGCCUCAGUGUGCUGCUCUUGAGGUUUGUGAAUGUAAAACACACACACACACACACACACACACACACACACACAUGAUUAAGUUCUUGAUUAAUUGCUUUGUCUGUUAAAUCUCUGAAAAUAGUGAAAAAUGGCAAAGUGAUUUCUUCAAAUUGUGUUUUUUGUCACAAGAUCAAUUUCUGAUUUAAAAAAAAAAAAAACUUUAAAUGUUUUUUUGUUUUUUUUUACAUAAAUACAAAAAAACAUGUUUCAGAAUAUUCUUUAGUAAAUACAAUAUUUAGUUUUAAACCAUCAUUGGGUAAAAAGGUUAAAUAUCCAUUUUUCUAUAACAGAAACACAACAAAACACUAAAUUGUUCUCUUUCAGCUUCAUUUUUCCAAGUACAACACUAUAUAUCCAGACCUCUUCCAUCUCUUCAUAUUUAUAGAUAACCAGAACUAAAUUCAAAGUCAGUCUAUAGUUACUUUCACACACCUGCCCAUUAAUCCAAUUUCCAAAGGUCUGCAGCAAAUCUGAAAUCAGUGAGUGGUAUUUCUGCUUGAAAAAUAAAUUAAAGACUUAAUUGAUUAUAAGAAUAAGUCACAAACUCACACAUAAGCUCAAUAUAGGGAACAUACAACCUAUCAACCUUCACCUUUACUGUCAUGUUUGUGUGUGUGUGUGUGUGUGUGUGUGUGUGUUUCAACAAUCACAGAGCUUGACCGCUAAGUCUUAGAGUUUGGUUCUGUAUUUCUGUUUCCUGCUCAGUUUUUCUCACUCUCGGUCUGAUGUAUACCGAUGGCUAUACACCCUGCAGUGCCCUGUCCUCGGUUGGUUCAGUAUUGUGCCAUGACCUGUUUUUGUUUAAUAAUGUACAGACACAACAAGGCAGGAUUUUCUGUAUUAGGAAGCACUGUGCAUUCAACAGUAUAGAUAACAGAAAUAGAAGCACCACAAAUGUAUAAAAAAAGAGAACUUCUUACCUCAUUGUUUUUGUUUCUGCUAUUAUUUUCUAAUGGUGGCAAUGUGUGCCCUCUAAUUUGUCUCUUUGCCUUGAUCGGAUGUCUACACAUAAAGCCUAUGGUCAUAGGAAAUUAUUUAUCACUGAAUAAAAAGAGAAAAAAUGGG